UAGUACAAUAGUAUUUUAAUUAAUAUUGUGUAAUAUAGUUAGUGUCUAAUAAUAUCAAACCUAUUGGUGAUUGAAAAUUUCCACGGAAAAAAAUAAAAUGGGAGUUCUACGAGCAAAAUGUGUCAUUGUUGGUGACUGUACUGUCGGAAAAAGUGCGAUUACCCAAGUUUUUCACAGCGAUGGGACGAUGUUUCCAAAAAACUACACGAUGACUACGGGAGUCGAGGUUUGUCAAAAAGUCAUUCCUGUUCGAGAACGUGGUGAUUUUGUCGAUAUUUUUAUGUUCGAUUCAGCUGGAAAAGAUGUUUUUUCUGAAAUCUGUGAAAAACAUUGGGACGAUAUUGGAAUGCUUGCUGUUGUUUUUGAUGUUACAGAUAUAGAGUCGCUCAACCGUGUAAAAAACUGGCGGAAUAAAAUGAAAGAACAUAUCAACCCGGAAAAAAAUAUUCCGAGUGUUCUCAUCGGUAACAAAGUGGAUUUGGACCUAAGGCGGCAGGUGACAACAGAGGAAGGUGAAGAGCUUGCCGAACAAUUGGGAAUGACGUACUUUGAAGUUUCUGCAAAAGGCAAUGAAGGAAUUGAAGCACCUUUUCAAUAUCUUGCUCAAAAGUUUGCAGACCAUCAUCAAGACUCUCGAGAAAAUGUACAAAUGCUAGAAUAACUGUUUAUAUCUAUUACUUGUAAAUAGUACUAAUAGUGUCAACUUUGAUACGAAACGUUAAAUGAACCGGAACUAGACAGCACUAGCUCCAUUCCCAUUCAGACUAUUUUAUUCUGACCGUUUAUGACAAAAAAUAGGCUCAUACUGUUAUGGUUCUUUGUUUUAUUAUUUUCUGGGUUAGAAUUAACAAAGCAUACCUGUCUAACAGAAUACUGGUAUUGUUGAUAAAGCACAAUAUAAUAUAGUACUAUAUUUGUACUAAUAUGAAGUCGAGUUGGACUAAACAGAAAAAUACAUUCAUUUUGGUAAAGUUUUUUACCCGAAAUAAACUGGGAUUAGUUGGAGUAGUCUAUGAAUGUCAACUCUCAAUUUAAUAUAUUGCAUUAUAGAAUUUAGGAAUAAUUUAGAAAAGUUUAGGUUAGAAAAUAUGCCUGACCAAAACACCCUCAUUCCAAUGUUUAAAAACUGUAAAAAAGGAGAGAUGGUCAAACUAUUAUUCAUCAUAACUCUCCUGCAUUCCCAAAUCAAACUGUAACUUCAAUAAGUUCUCUGUAGAACAUGACCCAUUUCAGUAUAUAAUUUUACUUUCAUAUUUGUAUUAAUCAUUUAUGCAGCUUAGGCGGAUAAUUGGCUACAUCCGGCUGUUUUUUGCAUGUACAAAUUCAUAUUUGAAGGUUCCAAUUUUGUUUUCGUCUUUUCUAAAUAAUUUGUGGAUUUUUAUGGAAUCUUUGUAUUGUUUUGUAGUUGUAUAUAUUUUGUGUUAGAAUAUUAUGUGCUAUACUGUUGUCCCACCACUAAAUUUCUAUUUUUCUCAAAUUCUGUUUAUCUUAGGUUAGGUUAAUAUAAGUUAGAAAUUGUGGGGAUGAAAUUCGGCUCUCUCUGGCCAGUGCUGGGUUAUUGCCCUGACUCGAGUUGGAUUAGAGUCACUGUUCAUAAAAGUGACUCAAGACGUAUAAUUGAUAUGUCUUGGGCUCGAUUUUCUGUCAGUGGGCUGAGUUAUUGACCCAACUUCAGACUUGAAUGACUGACUGAUGACUUGUAACUCGAGUAUCAGUAGUUAAUGAGAAAAGCCAUUUUUCCGAAACAACUAGAAAAAUACUAACAACAACAUAAUAACUGAUCAGAAACUUAGUUGUGGGACAGAAAUACUAGUACUUUAUUUUUAUGUAGUGCUGUAUUUUGGUAAAUUUAUUUUUGUGUGAAUUUCACUGUAUAAUUUUUUAUGUAUAUUUUUAGA